AUGAGGGAACGCGAGGCUCACCAGUGGAAGGUGAGCCGUAGCGACGGCAAGGUCCAGCCGCGCAGCAUCAAGAGCGCGACUGGUGUCCGAGCUCCCGUCCCACUCGAGGAUCCUGCCUACGAGAGAUGGGAGUUCCUCGCCGGCAAUGCUCUCAGAGAUCUUUUGUACAAGCCAGAAGACAGGCUGGCAGGUUCCGAUUUCUUCGUCGAGUUCCCCGGCAACUACGAGAUCUACUUUGAGGCUCGUGCUGGUAAAAAGGAUUAUUAUCUCUAUGGUCACCCGAGCGGAGACUCGUACAAAGCAGCAAGGGACUUCGUGCCACAUUUGUUCUGGCUCACGACCAGCAGCGAAGACAUCAAAGAUUGCCAGUGUACACUCUGCAAGAGGUCGAUCACAGAGCACGCCAGAGCAAAUGGGCCCAAGAGGAAGUCGAGCAAGACCACGACACCCAAGGCAGCCACCCCAAGCUCAAAUACUGCCACGCCUGUUCCUGCUCCAGCUGUGCCUGUAACGGCAACACCAACGUCUACCGCCCCGAACCAGCCCAGCACAAUUUCACAACCCGCUCCGGCAGCACAAGUCCCCAAGCCAGUGUCGGCAGGAGGACCAGUCCCAGCUCAAGCUCAGCAGCCCGCUGCUCGUCCCCAAACGACGCCGCAGACUUCUGCGCAACCUAUCAUUCAGCAGCCAGCCCAAGCACCUGCUCCCCAGGCGAGCUCAGCACCGCCGCAGCAGCAGCAACAACAGAACCAGCAGCCACAGCAGCAGCAGCAGCAGCAGCAGAGUCAGCAACAACAGCAGCAACAGCCUCAGCAGCGUAUCCUGCCGCCCUCUGAGAAUGUUCUCUUCCGCGAUGGUGAAGUUGUCUGGUUCAAGAAUGGCCCUUCAUGGCGCCUCGGAAUCAUCCUACAAACCACUCCGACGCUUCCAGUACGCUGUCUCGUAAAACCUUUGGCGCACUCUGCCUUGCAAAUCCCAGCUGCGCCAAAGGCUGAAGACGAAAUGAGGCCAUUUCUUGCCUUCAGUGUGCCGGCUGUUAGUCCCAGUCUGGUUCAUCUCACUAACCAGCCAUUCAACCAAAUCGACUGGGAGACCCAACAGAGACAGAUUGCCCAGGACGAUCGGAACAAGAGGGACCUCCUCGGCAUGGAAGCCUCGAAACUAGCAGUCAUGGCCAUCGACGAGUCGUACUCCACCUUCAACCGCCAGGGCGUACCAGAGCCUACUCCUACACGUUCAUUCUAUGGCGGCGUCUUCCUCGGCUCCGAAAGGCUGACCGCUGGCGAGGCAGUGCGGAUCCGUCCCGGGCCUCAAGAGCAACCACCACCUCGACCACUGCCUACCGUGCUGUCCAUAAAAGCUAUAUUUGUGGACUCCACCAGCGGAACUGAGCAGCUCUAUUUCUAUGGUGAUAUUUUGCGCCUUGAGGAGGUUCCUGCAGCCCAACCGCCGCCGCAGUAUACGGCACAGAUACCGGCGGCCAUGGUCCGAGAAAAGGCGUUCCGUGAUAGAGUACGCGCUCACGCCGGUGUUCGCCACGACUGGGUGCCGUUGCCGAACGGGCUCAACGUGAUGAAGAUGGAGCGGGACAUUCGAGGGCGCUUUUACGAGACAGAGAGGCUCAUGACGGUUAUUGACCCUGUCCGCCUGCAGGACUCUGUCUCCAAGGGCGAGGUCGUCGAUGUUCAGGCUUAUCUGAAUAACCGAAUGGAGGCGAAGCGGCCUUAUAUUGGAAGGAGAAAGAACAGGUCAGAGACUGUUGUCGGCGCAGUACCUUUCGCCAACUUGCCCCUAUCAUUCGGACCAGGUAUUAUCGAGGACUAG